GAUUCAUGUCGCGCUGUCAACAAAUAUCUCGUGGCGCGACCGGUCGGCUUGCGUAAAAGUUUACUUCGUGAAUGUGAUGUGUAUUGUGAAUAAUACAAUGCCUACUUAUUGAUUACUUAUUUUAGAGUAAUUGGGUAUCGUGGAUUAUUUUUUCAUCCUUAUUGAAAUCGUGAACAAUGACGAUUGACAAGCAGCUAGUAUGGGUACGGGACCCCAACGAGGGUUUCGUGCUGGCCCGAAUCCACGAGCUGAUGGGAGAAGAGGCGGACGUUUUCCCAAUAGACAAUAAGUACCCACGUCGCAUAUGCAAUUUCGAGGACAUUUUCCCCGCCGGCGACCCGGCUAAAGAUGUCGACGAUAAUUGCGAACUCAUGUUUCUGAACGAGGCCACGCUACUGAACAAUAUCCUAACACGCUACAAGAAGAACAAGAUUUACACAUAUGUUGCUAAUAUACUGCUAGCGGUGAACCCAUACGAGGAUAUACCUCACUUAUACGAUUCGAACACAAUCAAGAAAUACCAGGGCAGGUCCUUAGGAGAAUUACCACCACAUGUGUUUGCUAUCGCUGAUAAAGCGUUCCGGGACAUGAAGUCGCUCAAACAAUCACAAUCUAUAAUAGUAUCUGGAGAAUCGGGAGCCGGAAAGACUGAAUCCACCAAGUACAUCCUUAAGUAUUUGUGUGAUCUCUGGGCUAAGAGCGCUGGACCCGUAGAACAGAAAAUUCUGGAUGCCAAUCCGAUCCUUGAAGCUUUCGGCAAUGCGAAGACGACUCGCAAUAACAACAGUUCUCGGUUCGGCAAGUUCAUGGAGGUGCACUUCAGCAAUAAAUGGCAAGUAGUGGGCGGUUACAUCUCCCACUAUCUACUGGAGAAGUCCCGCAUCUGUACGCAGAGUGCAGAUGAGAGGAAUUACCACGUGUUCUAUUUGCUAUGCGCCGGCGCACCCCAGGAGCUCAGACAAGCUUUACACAUAACCAAACCUGAUGAUUACAAGUACUUGAAGAAUGGCUGUACUCAAUACUUCACCACCGCUGCGUCUGAGAAGAAGAUCAGCGCGAAUCAGAAGAGCAAACAACAGCAGGCAAAAGGUGGACUGCGGGACCCCAUACUCGAUGAUGUCGAAGACUUCCAAAGACUGAACCAGGCGUUAUCCCGCGUAGGCCUAACAGAUGACGAAAAGAAAGCAGUGUACAGCGUAGUUGCAGCAGUUCUUCAUCUAGGAAAUGUAGAGUUCGAAGAAGAUUCAGGUCCUCGAGGGGGAUGCGGGGUAGCGGGGGGAUCGCAUCAAUCUCUAGUGCAUGCCGCUACAUUGCUGGGCGUCCAUCCUGACGAGCUGAGGAUGGCUCUCGUGUCCAGACUGAUGCAAAGCUCCCGUGGUGGCAUCAAGGGAACUGCUAUCAUGGUACCGCUGAAGACUCACGAAGCCAGCAGUGCUCGGGACGCCCUGGCUAAGGCAGUGUACAGUAGAUUAUUCGACUACAUCGUACACCGCAUCAACUCCAGCAUUCCUUUCCAGGCCUCCGCUUAUUACAUCGGAGUUUUGGAUAUCGCUGGCUUCGAAUAUUUCCAAAUGAACAGCUUCGAACAGUUCUGCAUAAAUUACUGCAACGAGAAGUUGCAGCAGUUCUUCAAUGAGCGUAUACUGAAGAACGAACAGGAUUUGUAUCGACGAGAGGGCCUUAACGUACCCGAAAUCAGAUUCGUCGACAAUCAAGACUGUAUCGAUUUAAUCGAGAGCAAGAACCAUGGUAUAUUCCAUCUCCUGGACGAGGAAUCCAAACUGCCCAAACCAGAAUUCGGACACUUCACACAUUCUGUACACAAACAGCUGGGCAAUAACAACUCCAGACUGCAAUUACCACGCGCGUCACGUCUGAAGGCGCAUCGAACACUUCGUGACGAUGAAGGAUUUCUACUGCGGCAUUUUGCAGGAGCCGUCUGCUAUAACACGAAUCAAUUUAUAGAGAAAAACAAUGAUGCCCUUCAUGCGUCUCUAGAGUUCUUGGUGCAGGAGUCCAGCAAUCCACUUGUUCAGCAACUGUUUCAAAGCAUUGAUAACAAUAAUGCCAAAGGGAAAUUAAACUUUAUAUCUGUAGGCUCGAAGUUCCAGACUCAGUUGACUCAACUUAUGGACAAACUAAAGGAAAAUGGUACCAAUUUCGUACGAUGCGUGAAGCCUAACUCCCGAAUGGUGGGACGUACUGUUGAUGCAUCCUUAGUGCUGACGCAGCUUCAAUGUAGCGGUACUGCGGCUGUACUUUCACUCAUGGAACACGGGUAUCCGUCUCGAGCUCCGUUCCACGAGUUACAUGCAAUGUACAGCGCAUAUCUUCCCGCCAAGCUGCAGCAACUUAGUCCCAAGCUUUUCUGUGAGGCUAUGAUCCACAGUCUGGGGUUAUCAGACAAGGAGUUCAAGUUCGGUUUGACUCGCGUAUUCUUCCGUCCGGGCAAGUACAGCGAGUUUGACACCAUCAUGAGAUCAGACCCUGACAAUAUGCAGACCAUAGUUCGCAAUGUGCUCGGUUGGCUAGUGAAAUCUCGCUGGAGGCGUUCCAUAUUCGCAGUAUUAUCCUUGAUCAAACUGAAGAACAAGAUAAUUUACCGUCGUGAAUGCCUCAUAAAAGUUCAAAAGACAGUACGUGGAUACUUAGUACGGAAGAGACACCAGCCCCGUUACCGCGGCAUAGCAAAAAUAAACGCGUUACACAAGAAUCUUAAACAGAUGGACGCAGUCGUUGCACAACUGAAGAAAGAGAAGAAUAACGCCCAGAAAGACAUUGAAAACUUAAGGAAUAGCAUCAAGAAUGCAUGUGCUACUAUCAAGGGCAAUGAAAAAAUUUCGCGAGGCGACAUAGACAAUUUGCUCAGUAAGCUGACGAAGGAUAUCGAAUUACAAAUGGGUGCACUACAGAAGGCAAUGGUUGACCAAAAGAACCGGGAGGAACAAGAGAGAUUGCAGAAACUACAGGAGGAGAUGCGAGCCGCGGAAGAAGCCAAACGCAAAGAGCUGGAGAGAAUCAAACAGGAAGAGGAACAUAGAAGAAUGAAAGCAGAGAUAGAGGCUCGUCGUAAAGCGGAGGAAGCGGAACGUCUGCGGAUAGAGGAACAGAACAGACAGCAAGCGGAACAGCUACAACUGCAGAUGGAACGAGCAGCGAAAGACGAUCGGGAUAAUCGGGAGAGAUUAGAGCAAGAGCGUAGAGAUCACGAGAUGGCUGUAAGACUCGCACAGGAAACAGACGGACACGUGGAGGGAUCUCCGCCACAACUACGCAGUUUCCCCACAAUGGACACAGUGAACGGAGAGAAUAAAUUGAACAGGUCAGAGCGAGUACGAAUGCAACAAGCGAUGCAAGGCAAACAAAAGUACGAUCUCUCCAAGUGGAAAUAUUCAGAAUUACGAGACACAAUCAACACGUCGUGCGAUAUUGAACUUUUAGAGGCUUGCCGGCAUGAGUUCCACCGUCGCCUGAAGGUAUACCACGCGUGGAAGGCCAAGAACGCUCGCAAGACCACUAUGGCCGACCAAGAACGUGCCCCGCAAUCCAUCAUGGAUGCAGCGAAGGCGCCUCGUUUGCCACAAAAGGGCGAGAUACUAGGUGCACGUCACCGGUAUUUCCGUAUACCGUUUGUGCGCACUUCCGCCACCGGUGACACGACGGACAGACGCGGCUGGUGGUACGCCCACUUCGACGGACAGUACGUGGCGAGACAGAUGGAACUGCAUCCGGAUAAGGCGCCAGUACUGCUGCACGCAGGUGUCGACGACAUGCAAAUGUGCGAACUGAGCUUGGAAGAAACUGGUUUGACCCGUAAGCGUGGCGCGGAGAUAUUAGAGCACGAGUUCGAACGCGAAUGGACUCGACACGGCGGGGCAGUUUAUACACCGCACUAAACAGAUUCAGUCAUACCCCGAUCGACUAAAUUAACUAAUGUGCGCAUUGUAUACGUACGUAUUAGACAUGCGUAUUUAGUAUGGUUGCUAUUUAUAUUUCUAUUAUAUUAUAUACAUUAAAAAUUACUCUUCGAUGUGCCUUCAAGGGUUCCUAGACUUUAUUAGUGCAAUAUUAUAAAUUUCCACCGCAGUGUAAUAGGUUUCUUAGAAAUGAAUAAAAAUAUUCAAAGCCCGCAUUCAGUCACAGGACGGCAUUUAUAAAUGAUAUUCAUAAAUACAUUUAUUUGGGUAUCUUAGAAAUAGCAUUUCUUUUAAUUAAUAAUUUAAUCAAGUUGAAAUUAGAAGGAUAUUUGCUAUUAAUUUCACAUAGUUACUUUAUUCAUUGUUGUAAUCUGCGAUAUUUUGUUUACAUCAAAAAUAAUUUAAAAUGUAACACGUAUUC